GAUGAGAUUCCUCCUAAGUGUUUGGAUCCUUUUUCAAGGGUGUGAUUCAGAUGUGAAAUGCAGGGAUGACAAAGGAAACGAGGUGGACUGGUAUAUCCUGUACAAGUUGCCCAAUGUGAAUGGUGGUGGUUUGUCGUAUCUGUACAUGGAUGAGAGCACCGACGGAUGGAAAGUGAGCAAAGAGGAAAUCAACAGUAAAUCUGGCACUCUGGCAAACACCCUGAAACCUCUGCUUGACUUCUACGACACAAAGACUGAAGGCUUUGGAUACAUGCUCUAUAGUGAUCAACCUCCUAAACCAUAUGUUGCUUCUGAAUCAUUUGGCCACAGUAAAGGAGUCGUGCUGUUGGACAGACAGACUGGAGUUUGGCUCUCACACAGUACACCAAAAUUCCCAACGUAUCGCAGGAAAGACUUCUGGCCAAGCAGUGGAAAUGCUAACGCUCAAACAUUUAUGUGUGUCACUUUCUCCUAUGAUCAAUUCAAAGAAAUAGGUUUGCAGCUCAAGUACAUCCAUGCUUACUCCUAUGACUCUGUGAUCCCGAAAACCUUUCACAGUGAGCUGCAGUGUGUUGCACAGCGGAGCUGCUACCCAAAGACGGAGCCCUGGUUUAGUGUCAAGAAUCUGACGUCAAUGACAGGACGUACAUUUUCCAGCUUUGCAAAGUACACGCGUUUUGGGGAUGAUCUUUACUCCGGCCUCAUUGUGAACUAUCUGAAGGAGAAUCUGUAUGUGAAGAGCUGGGGAAAGAUGCAUCGCCCUCUGCCUUCUAACUGCAGCACCAGUAUCCCUCAUCAUGUCUACAAUGUGAAGGAAGUAAAGCUGCUGAAUGGGAAGCCCUUCAGCGAUACUGUAGAUCACUCCAAGUGGUGUGUGACUCCUAAAGGUAGCUGGACCUGCAUAGCUGAUAUGAACAGGGAAGUGAGUCAGAUGAAAAGAGGUGGAGGAGCAAUUUGCACUGACAACAAUGCAGUUUUAAAGGCUUUCACUGGCAUAAUCACAAAGUAUGAUCCGUGUAACAAGAGGAAACGUGCACCACCAAAACCCAAACACCAGCUCAAGUUCCCAGCCACUGUUAGAAGAGCGGGGAAAUCAGCAAACAGAUUCAAACACAAAAAAAUCAUCUCAACAAAAAUAAAACAGGGUCCUAGGACUGGACUCUUCAAGCUGCCGCCUGCUUCACAUGGUCAGCGUUAA